AUGGCUCCUCGCAAGGACGCUGCCGGCGACAUCGCUUGCAAGAAGAACAAGGGCCUGAAGAACCACAAGAAGGCGCAGAAAGAGAGGGCGCUGGCGAAGCGCACCGCUGCCGCCGAGAAGAUUACCGCGAACAAGGCUUCGUAUGCGCCGGUCGCUACCAUCGUUAUCAACGAGACUGUACCCGUACGAGAGGAUGUUAUUGGAAAUGCAGGACCGGCGCCCAUGGUAAAGGAUUCUGCGCAGGUCAUCGUGGAGUCGUCCGAUCUUUCUCGAGACGAGUCGGCCACUCAAGAGAAGGCUGUCACCAACACCAAGGUCCCCAUUGGAACUCGCACCACCGGUACCAAGACCGCUGCGCUUCUACCGCAAGUCUGCGCACAUUUGCCCGUGGUUGUAUUCGAAGACGUUCCUACUGGCUACAAAGCCAACUCUCCAACCAAGGUAGCCAACGACCCAACCAAACUCGAACAGAAGUCCAACAGUAUAUCUUAUCCCAAGACUGCUCCAUCUCCUCCAAACCCCAACACCUCACAAAUCAGCAUACUCAACCCUACCGCCCCAACAUUCCUCUUCGGAAAAAUCAUGGUCGCCCAAACCCCAACCGUCGGAAUCACACUCACAAAGGAAGACACUGCCCCCGGAUGGCCUACCGAAAACGCAAAAGCGUUUGAAAAGGCCUACGGUGUUGUCGCCCGGAACAAGGCUCUCGAAGCCGCGCUGUACGAAAACAUGGAGACGCCGCGCCAGAGGGCAAUCCGCUGCAAGUACAGGGUGUCUGUUGACGCUGAGUUCCAUCAGGAGGAGGUUCAUGACUUGGAGUGGGCGCUGGCACUCAUCGGCCAGCCGACUCGAAAGUGUUUCGACGACAACGGCUUUGAGAUCACGCCGAUCAAGACGGGCUUGACUGAAGCCGAUUUGACAAUUUCAUCCCCUCUCGACGAGUUGUUUGCGAAAGUCGAGGCGGAAGGCAUCUCUAGGAUUAGCGCUCCUAUCUCCACGGGUUACAUGUCUCCCACCUCCGGUGCUAGGUCAACGAAGAAGCCCGUUCUUUCUCGUACCCUGGAGGUCGUUGAGGCUGAGAUUCGUCUCGCCUCUACAAAGCGCCCUUCCCACGCACCCUCGUUCGCUGACCCCGGUAUUGUCAAGUACACCUUCAACGGCCAGGAUUUUGACAACAUCGGCAACCCCCUCACAGAGACAGUGAGCCAAAAGGUACUCGGUUGGCUUGAAGACCAGCCAACCUCUCCUCCGGAACUCUCACCAACGUCUUCGCGCCAGAGCCGCGAAUCGUCGCCUCGCGAGACUGGUCAGAAACUCACGUCUCUGACGUUUCAUUCCAAGUCGCCGUCUUCGGGAGGAGAGGUUUGGCCCCCACGGGAAAGCCUGCCCUGGGAUAACCUGCAGGAUGGGUAUUGUUACGGGUCCGGUGUACCGGUGUACCCGUACAUUGCGGAGUCCUAG